GCGAGGAUGCGGAGGGUUUGGAUAAGGACGAGGACGAGGACGAGGACGAUUUCAAGCCGUCCGAUCGGGCUCAGGCGCUCAAGCGAAAGCGCAUUGCGGACGAAGACAAACGGAAGCGUCGGCGUCUCGAGCGGGAGAAGGAGCAGGAGCUUCGCGAGGAAACCUUCAAGCAGAAGAACCCCGUAAGGGCGCGCGCCACAACCGCCGAACGCUACGCUUGGAUCGCCGAGGCGGUUCCCGCUCUCCGCAGCUACUACGACCGACUUACAACAAUUCGCCCGAAAUACCUGGCGCAUCGUAUUGUUCCCUACGCCAGAGCCGAGAGCGAAAUGCUCGAGCACGCCGUUAUGCUGGACCCGGGCACAAAGUCGCAGGCGUCCUACCUUCCGCCCGUCCACAUCAUCAUCGGCGCGAACGACAAGCGCCAGCUACGCUAUCUCGUCAACUUCGUCCACAUGCUGCCGUCCUUCCUCAAGAUCAUCGAGCUCAAGCAGAAGAACCCCGAUAGUAAUCUCGGUCGCUUCGGACCGAGAUUUUGGAGGUCGCUGCUCAACAUUGUGUGGGAGGAAGCGGACCUGUGGGCUGAUGCGGCCGACGACGAGUACAGCGGCAAGGACUUAUUCCGGGAUCACUACGAGUACCUUCGGCAGAACCGCGCCGAGCGCCCCGCUUGGGGGAAACUGCCGUGCGGGCACGAGGUCACAGAGGAACUCCUUGAGAAGGAUGCGCUGCUGAGGACAGGCCUCCUCUUCCAGCUCAACAUGUGGCACCUGCUCCACUGGCUUCCCGAACUCGUCCAUCGCGACACGCUCACGGCCGCGGGUAUCAAUAGGCUGAAGGACGAGCACGGGAUCCAUUACACGCCCGACUACACCGCUCCCGACCCGAACAACUUGAACAAGGUCCUGGGCGCCAUCAAGCGUGUCGCGCUUGGCGGCCACCCGAUCCGCUCGGACUUCUGGCUGGAACCAUGGUCCGCUGAGUCUGACACGCUGUCGGAUCGCGGUCGAUGGCUCCAGGAGAUGGCGAGCUUCUUGUCGGGCGUCCGUGGCGCAGAGGGUCUUGAUGUGAGGAAGAGCGGCUCACGCGAUUGGCCGUACACGAGCGCGGCGCUCAGCAGGAUCAAGACGAAAGGCAUGACCGAGGCCAAGAUGGACAUCCUCGAGAACCAUCUGUACCUCCGCUAUGCGCUCGCGUCGGUCGCGCGAGGGCAUAUGCCGGUCGAAUUCCAGAUCCUGCCAUGCGGCGAUAUCUCGAGCUGCCAGGAGUGUCGGCUGCAGUACGUGCGGAAGCACGGGGAUAUGAUGCAGCAGCUGGAUGAGCUGCCGGACGAGGGACCGGAGUACUGGUAG